AGAUUUUGUAACCCAUUCUGUAGGAAGGCAUCCCUCCCUCUUGCAAAUCGUCUGAAGGCGUAAUUUCAAUUUUAAUCCAACGUUCUUCCCGCCAUCUGCGAAGAGGUCGACCGUGAGGAAGGAGAGGGUCGUUGGGAAAGUCCUCCUUUCUUACUUUCAGCAAAGUAAGUGGCACGCCCGCAUCCAAAUUUCACACGUGCGAGGCCACUAGAGGAUUUUUUAGGAAACAAUCCUUUUUUGGCACGCCUGGUGGGACAUCAUCGUGUCUUACUUACAGUUUUCAGAUCCGUUGUUCUUUUUUCCAAGAAAAAGUGCAAUUAUGCCACCAAAAAGAAACCUUGGGAAGGCUGUCCAAACUUUACAGAUUGGGCUUGGUGAAGGCAGUCCAACACACUCAGAAGGAGAGAAUGAGCCAAUCAUUCCACCACCAUUGUCACCAAUACUGAGGGAGCAUUCUUUUGUCAAUCCUACCUUCAACAAGGGUAGUAAAUUUGGAGAUGAUGUUGCUCAAUCUGGUGAUUCUCUUGUGAAAGCUGUGUCAGAUCAGAUUAGCAUCAUGAGGCACACAUUGAUGGAAUCUGAGGAGAAAGCUCGACAAAGAAGCCAAGAGGUUUCUAUACAGUUGGAUGAGUCUUUUCAGAAUCUGGCUCAGAAUUUGGCUCAAAGUGUAGCCCAAAGUGUAGCCGACAUGCGGCGAUCCAAUGAAGAAAGUAACAGAAUUUGGCGCGAGCAAAAUGCAAAAAAUUGGAGAGCUUUUCAAGCUGAAACGGAAUGAAUGCAUGAGGCAUUUCGACGUAUCAGAAUUGAGCCUCAGCCAUAGGCAGCAGAUCUUCAAAGGCAGAAUCAGAAUAUUCC